AUCGCGCCGGGCGGUGCACUUCCUGGAUACUGUGCUGCAUGUUGUGGUAGCUCGAUAUUGAUUGAUUUCUCGGAGGUAAUGGUUCAUUUUCUCCUGCAAAGACACUGGAUCGGCCAGAUUCGUCUCGCUCUCACUCUCCUCGGAUUCCCGUUCACCGUCAGCUCCCCGGGACUCAGGUCCACGCUCUCCUGCUCCUCUUCUUAUCCUUUGAGAACCAGCCAGACCAUCAGACCCAUCACGUCCGGCCUCUGUCACCUCUACACCACCGGUGUCAGGACGAUGCCAUCCUCAGCAGCGCCUCACGUAAAGUCCAGGUGCCCCCUCUACCCAGGGUCCAAACUCAAGCGCUUCCUGAUCCCCGAUGAUAAGGUGGACUGGAGUCAGAGCUGGCCGCAGUAUAAAGCAGUCGACCACACCGACCCCUCGGUGGUGAAGAAGCCGGCAUGGGCGGAUCCUGAAAUCGGCUCUUUCUCUCCACAGUUCAACGUCGUGGAUGGAGGCGUGGACCGGACGAGCUUUGAGGGGAACUACAAAACUGAAAAGGGGAAGCCACUAAAUCCUCGUGGUCGUACGGGCGUGACCGGCAGAGGUUUGUUGGGACGAUGGGGACCCAAUCACGCAGCAGAUCCCAUCGUCACCAGAUGGAAAGUCGAUGCCAAAGGAGCGAAGAUGAAUCACCCGGUCUCCAAACGUCCGAUCCUGCAGUUUGUCUCCAUCAAGAGGAAAGACUGCGGGGAGUGGGCUAUUCCUGGGGGGAUGGUAGACCCGGGCGAGAAGGUGUCUCUCACGCUGCAGAGGGAGUUCUCAGAGGAAGCUUUGAACUCGCUGACCCUGCCGCCGUCCGAGAGGGCGAAGGUCCACGAACGCAUCACCAAACUCUUCAAAUCAUUGGGAUUUCAGGUUUAUAAAGGUUACGUGGACGAUCCAAGAAACACCGACAACGCCUGGAUGGAGACCGUCGCCGUCAACUUCCACGAUGAAUCGGGAGACAGUGUGAGCGGGUUGCCUCUGCAGGCUGGCGAUGACGCGGGUCAGGUGAAGUGGGUCGAUGUGGACUCGUCCGUGCCGCUCUACGCGAGUCAUUCCCGUUUCCUGGAGCUGGUUGCCAAGGAGAGAAAAGCUCACUGGUAACCGAGGACCACGAACUCUAAAACACACCGACAUAACGAUGAAGGAAACAUUUAAAACUUAUUUCCCAGAAUGCUUUGCAGUUAGCAUGCCUGACCCUCACUUACUUAAAACAUAAUAAUAAUUGUGUGUGUGUGUGUGUGGGUGUGUGGUAUGUUGGGAGUUUUUCCCGAUCAUACCACAACUUGAAAUGAGUUAAUCUAGCAGGUUGUUCAACGAGGUUGGCGCUUUCUAUUUCUUAUGUCACAGAAAAGUAAAGAACAAAGUAAGAUAUAUAAACAUUAAAUUCCCUUAAAUAAAAAUCUUUUGAUUCUUACCACGACACUUUAAGGUUCACUAUGGCGCCGAUUGUCACACUAAACUCAAAGACAGAGAUCUUCAAAUGAUUUCAAAUUAUGCAAAUAUAUUCAAGUAUUAACAAGGUUGACAUUAACCCCAUGUGAUCACGUAAGAACAAACACAAAGAGCUGCAGAACACAACAAAUACUAAUCUAAUUCAAGUGUGAAAAAGGAGGGCCGAUCAGAUUUAAAAAACAGUCGAGACUCACUGUGAUCCCAACACGCAGAGCCGUGACUCUCAGACAGGCUGAGGCCUCGACGACAAACAUGUUGGAAAGUGUUGACAGACGGUCGAGGAAGAGGCUGUUUCACACCGAACAGCCCGUUUGUGCAAAAAACUCCUGCGUCAAUUUGUGUCAUCUCACUGCGGGGCAGACUGUGUGAUGAAGAGAGAAGCUUGAAUCUAUUAGCGUUUAUGAUUCAGACACUUACACACGGACACAUCCGUCAGCAAGAGGAAGCCAAAAACCAAAGCUGGACCACUUGAAGUAUUCAUAUGAGAUAAGGGGCAGAGAGGAAGUUUAGCUGAAGUGUGAUCCCUGUUGUGAAAGAGUUGAUCAGUGUCGGCUCUGAGAUGUCCUCACAAUGUCAGAGUGUCUCUGAAGGACGUUUCUGUCGGCUGUGUGCAAAGCUAACUGAAGCUCACUGAACUAACUGAAGCUCAGCUCUUAGGAGGAGAAUAUGUGACCUUUAAAUUAACUCUAAAACAGAAGGAGCCUCAUGUCCUUUAUUUCCCUCCUCAGCUGCUCGGGCAUCGACACUUUGCAGAAUCACAUGAUUAUUAUCUGCAUUAACGUAUCAGCUGCAGUGUGUGGAGAAGCUUUACGAUUCUUACUGCACCCAUCGACAUUAAUAAAACAUAAUCUUCAGGCACAUGCAGAUUAAUCCAGCCCUGUUUGAGAACCAGUUCUCCCAGUCCACUCUCCCAGCUCCUCACUGAUGCAUGAACAGAGAGAGCAGUGAUUGAUGUUGCAGGAAGGGAGAGUGUUUCCUCUCAGAUAUGAUUUUUGUGGUUGGUGCAAGACAAGAAUAAUCAAAUGGAAGGAUGAGUGAUCACUUUUUUUUUUUCAAUUUUAGGCUUUGCAGCUCGCACUGAAACGUCUGUAAAUGUAAUCAUAUGAAGAAAUCAACGAUGUUUCUGAACUUGCACUGAAAGGAUUUCAUGUGUUUUGAAAUCAUCUAACCCAUUUGAAAUUGUAAAUCUUUGUGAAUCCUUGACUUGAUUUGUGCAGUUUUCCUCAUGAAAUAAACCUGUGUCUUGGAAGUGAUCCAC